AUGGCGAAGUCGAAGAAUCACACCGCUCACAAUCAAUCCUACAAAGCUCACAAAAACGGCAUCAAAAAGCCAAAGAGGCAUCGCCACACUUCAACCAAAGGGAUGGAUCCCAAGUUUUUGAGGAACCAGAGGUACGCUAGGAAGCACAACAAGAAAAAUGGUGAAAUCGCUUCUGAUGCUGAGUAA